AAUGUACAUUCAGCUUGUUCGUCUCGCACAUCUCGUACAUUCUUGAUACAUACAUUUAUCAAACACACGUACCUUGAGUGACGGGUCUAUAUCAAUUAUUUCAAGCUUGCCUAUAUUUUAUUCCUCAAAAAAGUGUUGUGUUCCUCAAAACGUGUGUCGAUUUUUUAUGACUUUUGACUUAUGAGCUAUUAGUUCGCUACUGGUAUAUUUACUAUUUAGGUUGAUUUUAAACUUGGACAUGCCCUCGUUAUAUGUUGUAAGAUAUCGCCGGGAACGCGGUAUGCGGCUGAAGCAAGUCGAGGGUCCAAUGGUAGUCCAUGCUAACAGGCCACGCAAUAUCCAUGACAACGGGUUGGGACGAGAAUACAACCACAACUCUGAGACCGCACCCAAGCUGUUGUCCACACAACUCUUUCAGAGCACACAAUGGGAAAACGAUUACAAUGCAACCGCGUCUCUAGCUAUCAACGAGAACUUCAACUUGACCGCUCUUCAACAGUCAGAGUACAGAUUUCUGUGUCAACCGUCCCCAGUCAACAGUCUAGCUGACGACGAAGACGGACAGCACAGUAGCGGGACCAGCUCUUCAGACGCGUCUCCAGAGGCGGAGGACUACCGCAGCUUCAGCCAGAGCAGCGACACCGACAGCGAGGACAGACCGACCACCGCACGCCGCGGCAUCGUCAACCCCAACUACCCGGGGUUCCAGCACUUCGCGAGUCAGCUGCACUCCUCUGACUCCGAGGAGGACACGACGAGUCUCAACAACAAUAACAACAACAACGAGGAGGACGACGUUUCCGUGAGCAUCAACCAGCUGGACUCGGGAGGGUUCCAGAAGACCUUCUACGACAAGCCGAAGUUCAACAUUCCCGUGGAUCCCAAACGGUGCAACUUCAACGAAGAAGUGGACUCUGUGACCAAACUGGUGAAUGAACUCAACGUUCCCGAAGUGAUUUCCGAUCUGAAAAUAGAAAAGUGCUUAGAGGACUUUCCCGCGAUGGUAGACACGGCCGUGUUGGGUAACGAGGGCUUCAAAGAGAACACUAACAAUAACAAAAUGGCCGACGCCUUCCUGUCCGGGGUGAAGGUGGAGGAGAUACAGAAGUGCGAGGACACAAAUCGUGCCGCUGAGGACUGCGAGAAGGCCGCUAGUGAGACGGAUGACCCGGUCGUACCGCGCAAGAAGGAGAAGAUGGCCAUCAACCUGAAUGUGAAGAAGGUGCGACCACAGCCUGCGAACGUUGCAGCCCUCCAACCACCCGCCAACAUGGCCUCCCGACCUCUCAGCCAAACCCGGCGAUCUGUUGUGAGGGACAAGAAAAGGAGUCCUCCAGAAGUUCUAGGAAGUUUCGAUGUCUAUAACAUCGAGACCGCAAUGCCUACGAUCGACCUGGAUGCUAUUGAGAACCAUCUGAAAGCAGCGCGGGAGGAGGAAAGAAGACGCCGCAACGAUAGAGAAGAAAUUCGCAGGCGACUUGCUACAGGGUGUGAUGGUGAUGAAUACUAUGGAGGAGACAGACCGGGGAGGAAACCUAGCUUACAAGCCCGCUUGCAAAGUGGCAUGAACCUACAGAUUUGUUUCAUGAAUGACACAAUGUCCGACACAGAAUCACCAAGUUCAGACUCAGAAGCCCCAGCUAAAGCUGUCUCACCAAUGAAGCAGCCCUCUCCACUUUCUGUGGUACCUGACACAAAGCCUGCCCUUACUGCCAACGGCACUGUUAAGAGUCCACGGGGAGGUUUGAGCCUGCCACUGAAUGAGCCACAAACUGAAGCGGAUUUCUUCGCGUGUCAGGCACGACUACAGGCAGAGGCCAGGCUGGCACUGGCACAGGCCAAGGACAUGGCACGGCUACAGAUGGAGGUGGAAAGGCAAAGGAGACAAGUCAGCCCCAUCACAGAGAUGUUGCGCACCACUUUGCACAAGGUGGGAGUGGUGUUCCCUCAGGACAGGAGAAGAGUCAGUCGCCAGAUGUUGACUGACAUGAAUGUGGCACAACUGCAAGUCAUCGUCAAUGACCUGCACACUCAGAUUGAAUAUCUGAACGAAAGUCUAGUAAAGUUCCUAAUGGAGAGAGACGACUUACAUAUGAGCCAAGACUCCAUGUUGGUUGACAUUGAAGAUCUCACCAGAUACCUGGGUGCCAAGGAAAACACACUGAAGGAAGACAUCAGUUUCAACAACAAUCUCCCCACCACUAAACCCAAGGCCAACAGAAUAGCAGCGCCAGUACGCAAGUAGAUGUUGACUCUGCACUGUGCCUGGACACAUUGUAUCUACACCGUUCUUCUUUGGUCAUCGUCUAUUAUAGGACACCUGAAGUUUUUCUCAGAUUCAUUGUGAGCAGCUCUUUUCUUAAACAGUGAUGGCCUGACUAAUUUAGUUUUGAGAAAAAUACUAAUUGAUUUUUUAGUAAAAAAAAUAUUAUAAAAAAUUAAACACAAUGUAAAACAUAAAAUUGUUUAAAACAACAUACUACGUUAUCUUACAUAUUUAAAGUGUUUAUGUAUAUAAAUUGAUAAAUAUAUGUUUUAUUACUUC